AUGGAUGCCACUGGUUGCGAAAAUAAUUAAACACAGUAAAAUAAAAAUGAUCACAAUAAUGAACUUUAAAACUUCAAAAAAAAAGAGAAAGAUAAAUUAAAUUACAUGCAUUGGUUUACACUGAAGAUAAAGGAUUAAUAAAUGGAAUAAAGAUUCUAAAAUUAGUCUCAAUACUUUGAAAACAACAUUUUGUAUGUUUUGCUAUUUUUUAUAGGAUUACUCUACUUAGAGGAGUAUAUUGAAAAUCCUUCUCUCUUUUAUAUAAUAGUAGGCAGUGUUAUUUUGGCAUUCUUUUUACUAGUGAUAUGCUUUGUUCCUAAUAGGCCAAUUAUAAUCUUUCUACUAAGAUCUCUCUAUUUAAUUGUUUUAGCUAUAUAUUUAUAUAACUAGUACUCGUUCUCAAGUGAUGAAAACUUUGAUGGUCACCAUAAAUCUAAAGAAGAUAAGGAGAGCCAUAAUAGCAAUCGGUUUCAAAAGAUUUAUAACUUUUAGUUUUUGAUUUUAAUGAGCAGCAUAAUGUUUUACAACAACUGGUAUAUCUCAGCUGCUAUAAUUUACAUUUCUAACAUCUCUGUAUAUAUUUACUUCUUCAAUAAAUUCUUUUCUAUUACUUAAAUUAUAGCGUUUCUCUAUCCUUUGUUAUUCUACUUUAUUCUCAGACGCGAAAAAAAAUUCUAUGCUACCACAUAUAUUGAAUUAAUUAAUCUGAUUGAAUAGAUCAUCCCAAUGGGAUUGAUAAUCAUCAAAAAGACAAACCCUCCAAACAAAGAAUCCUCUAUAUUCUGUUAAGUAUUAAGCUUAUUUAGAUCAUAAGAAUAAUCUACUUAAGAAAAUUAGUCCUCAACAUAAAUACAAAACAACUCAAUAUUCAAGAAAUGCUCUUAAAAUUUGUGCUCAAUCUUAUGCUAUCCUUUUCGCUGUCUAAAAUAUUUUAAAAAAACAGAUAAAAACACCUAAUAAUUAUUUCAAACCAACUAAAUAAUUUCUUCUCCACCACCUUCAAACUCUUAAACUAAAACAAACUGUACAAAAAAUUAAAAAAAUGGUACUCUUCAUGAAGAAACUCUUCUUAAAAAUUUAAGAAAAUAGCCUCAAUCAUCAUCUAAUUCAACCUAUUCUUCUUCCAUGCCUUCUCUCUUAAAUUCACACGAUUUCAAAGUAUCCUAUUGCAAUCAAUUCUUUCUUGAUAAUUUUGCUGUUUCAAAUGCUUCUCCACAUUCACCCGAACAUAGAAUUUCUCACAGCUAAAGAAAUAUCUAAGCGUAAAGCUAAAACACUAAAAAAACUAUAAAUAAAUAUAUGACAAACACCAGCACGAUUAGCAAGAACGAAAUUUUUUAGAAUGAACAAUAAUUGUAUCAUAUUAUAUCGAAAUCACUUAAGCGCAUGAAUCUCAUAAAAGAUCCUAUUUUUGCUCAAUCUCCAAAAGGUAAUAAAAAUUACAAUUAUACAAAUAACCAUCAGACAAAUAUCCAAAAUUCUUAGCAACAAGCGAUUAACUUGAACAAAGAUGAUAAAUAGUUCACAUCAAUAUUAAAAAUUCCUUCUUAGUCUCAACAAGACACACCUAAAAUUAGUAAAUUACAUCUUACUAACCAGAUAGUCUUUUCUAAUCAUAAUAUGAAUCAAACUACAUCCUAGAAUUAAAAUAGUCCAUUGAAGGAAGAAAAUCACUAGAAUUUAUUAUUUUCUAACUUAAAUUUACACAGGAAGCCGUUGCUAAGCUAAACAGAUAACAAGAUAUUUUAGAAUAGUAACCACACAGUUUAGUUAUCUUCUAAAAAUAUCCUAUCGCCAGAAGAUCCUGACUCGAAUAGACCAUUAUACUCCUUUUAACAUAUCCUGACUUAAAAUAAAUAAUUAUUAAAUAUAAAUAACAAAAGCAGUUCAUUUAAUUUUUCAAGUGCUAAUAACAAUAUUGUAAAGAGUAAAUUUAUCAAUAUAAACCCACCAUAAACAAGUAAUGAUGGAUAAAAUGAUGAGUUUUCUAACCCUACAACUAAUAGACAUAUUCUUGCAUAGACAGAAUAAAUUUAAACAAAUGAUUUAGAAAAAUAAAAUCAAUAAAUAUAAAAGAAUCCUUCCAUAGUAGCGCUAGACGAAACAUAUAAAUUAGAAGAAAAAAAUAGAAAUAGUAUUUAAACUAUUUUUGAUUAUGUUAAACAAAGACUUUGCUUUCCUCAAAAACAUACAUAAAAAAAUAAUCAAGAUAUUGAUGAAGAAAAUGAAGACUGUAGAGAAACGGUUAAUUGCUAUUAAAUAGAUGAUAGAAGUGAUAUGAAAAAGAGAAUUUAUGUUUAAUUUGUAGAUGGAGUAUGGUAAGGAGACAAUGUUGUAUUCCUGCUUAUUAAUAAGAACUCUCAUAGCGAAAAAAUACUUGAAGAUAAAUUAUAAGAAGUUGAAACAUUUAAGUAUUCGCUACUCAAAACGGUCUCUCAUGAUUUAAAAACACCUUUAAAUGGAAUGACAAUUAUUUUAGAGGAUAUGAUACAAUAUUUCAAAACAAAACAGAAAUCGCUCCAUCUAAAAUUAUUAAAAUAGAACAAUCAAAAUAUUAAUAACAUUCAUCAAUCACUAGCUUUAAUAUAAUUAAGUCCUCAAGAACAUCAACUGAUAAGUUAUGGUUCGAGCUAAAAUAUACCUCCAGUAAAUGGAAUACAGCAUUUAGUUCCUCCAUAUAAAAGUGGAGUAUCAGAAUUGUUUGGCUAAAAUAGUUUGAUGAUUAACAAUUAUUAGAAUUUUAAUAGCAAUAACAAUAGCAGUGUAAAACACAAUUACAAAGAAAAAAAGUAGUAAGUAAUAAGACACAUAGAGAAUUUAAAUUAGAUACUUUUUAGUACAAAAAUCCUUACAAGUGUUAUUGAUGAUAUUUUAGAUUAUUCGGCCAUCAAAAUUAAUAAUUUUAGAUUAAAUUCUGAUUACUUCGAUCUAAGAUAGUUGCUCCUUGAGAUUAAAGAGGUAUUUCAAAAGACAUUUGAGUAGAAGAAGCUCUAAUUUUAACUUGAUUUUUCUCAAUUCUAAGAUCAAAGUUCUAUAUCCAUUUAUAAUGAUUAAAAGCGCAUUAAGUAAGUGCUCAUAAAUAUGAUUUGUAACUCACUUAAAUAUACUCCUAAGGGAUAUUGCAAGGUAGUUAUUCAAAAAAGUGAAGUAAAUUAGGAUGUUCUUGUUGUUUCUGUGAAAGACUCUGGGGAAGGAAUGGAUGAAAACACUAAGCAUAAACUUUUCUAGCUAUACGAAAACACAGACAGCGAUAUUCAUGGUGUUGGAUUAGGACUUGUAAUUUGUAGAAAUAUAAUAGGAUUUUUAGGGCCAUCGGAGAAUAUAGAAGUAGAAAGCUAACUUGGUAAAGGAUCUACAUUUAGUUUUCAAAUUUAUAUAAAAAAUCAAUUUGAACUAAAUAGUAAAAUUAAAAACGAAAAUUAUUUUUCUGAUGCUUAAUCUGCGCGCGAUAUAUAAUAAUAAAAAAAUAAUAUGCAAGUGUCUGGGAUUAAUUUAUUAUAUAAUAAAAUAAAAGAAAGCAGUCAUAGCUUAGCUGGUUAAAAUUCCUAGCCAUUUAAUGCCAAUAAAUCAUUGUUUCUAUAAUCUCCGACAUUUAAAAAGCAUAAAAAAGCUAACCUCCGCAAUUCUAUUCAGAGCUUUGACUAAUUGCCUAAAAGGAUUUUCAUACAAAAUAAUUUAUAAGUUAAAAAUAUAAAAAACGAUGAAUAAUCUUAAAAAGAUAACAUUUUGGUUUAAAAUAAAAUUAAUCAGAAUGAUUCUCCUUUAUAAAUUAUUGAUGAUAUUCCUAAUACUAAUCGAGAACAUGUUUGUAGCAUCGUUUUGAAUGAAGAAAAACCCACACAAAAUAACUUUUCUAACAACUUAAAAUUUAAUAAUAAAAAUAUCCUCACAAUAAGUUAGAAUCUUAUUUAGGCUCCAAGUGAAAGAUCAAUAAACACUUAUAAUCUUGAUUUUAACAAAAACUUAGGCAGUAAUAAUAGCAAUAAUCAAAAGCACCAAAUUUCCCAUGACUUCAAUGAAUUUCAUUCUUCAGGAAUUUUAUAAUUAUUUUAAGAAAAUAACCAGAAGUAACUCUUCUAGUAAAUAAGAUAACAUAUAGAUAACUAAUCCUCAUAAAUAGACUCCAUCAAUUAUGAGGAAACUCCUUAAAGUAAGUUAGACAAACCAAAUCAAAAUAAUCCAUUAAGUGGCUUCUAAGAAGUCAUGAAUAGAGAAAAUCUAGUAUUUUCUCCAGAGCCAUCAAAUGAGUUAUAAGGCAAUUAAAUUAAUGGGUUAAAUGAUUUUAAGUAGCAGGAAUGCUCUUAGAUUUGUGAUAGUAACUCAAUUAAUAUACAAAAUUGCAAUAACUUUCGUAACAGUGUAAGCAAUAACACUAAAAAUAAUAUAACAAAUCUAGGAGAUUCCCAUGCUGAAUAUAUAUCUAUCGAAUAAGAGUAAUACGUUAUACCUGAGUUUGAUCAUAAUACCAAUAAUUUAAAAGAGCAUUUUAUGUAAAUUCCUAAUAAAAGAAUUUUAAUUGUAGAUGAUAAUUUUUUCAAUUAAUGUGUUCUCGAAUCAUUAUUAAAAAACGUCCAUGGAAUUGAGCUUAUUGACAAAGCAGAAAAUGGUUAAAUAGCUAUUUAAAAAAUAUAAGAUUUACAUUUAUAAUAUGGAUUUACAUACGAUUUAAUUUUAAUGGAUUGGUAAAUGCCUGUCCUUGAUGGCUUAUAAGCUACUGUCAUGAUAAGAUAAUUAGAAUUCUUAUAGGAGCAUCCUCCAUAUAUAAUAUUUGUAACAGCAUCUUCAGCUUAAGAAAAAAACAAAAUUAUAAUUGCAGGAGCAAAUGCAUUCAUUGAAAAACCUGUAAAUCCUUAAAUAUUUUAUGAAGAAUAUUAGAAAUUUUUAGAUUUUGAAUACAAUAAUAUGAUCAAUAGUUCACCAAACUUCCAAUGA